UACUUCUCCUACCAAGUUUUUCCUCCGCCUGCUUUUCUCUCUCUCAAACAAGGCUGCUCAUCUCUCUCUCUCUCUCUCUCUCUCUCUACCAAUCCCCAAAUCAACCAAUCCCUCUGUAAGUACUUUUCCCCCUUUUGAAAUUUGCACAGAUUUGUUAGGGACAAGAGAAGAAUACAAGAGAGUCAAAGGAAAGGUUCCAAAAGCCAGCCACCAUUUCUGGCGUGAGAAGCCUAGCUGUAAAAUCCAAUCGUGUCGAUGAAAAAUGCAUAUACUGGAUGCAGGCUGGGCGUGAUUCGUAUUUUUUGUUUUCAGAGUUUGAAUGUAAAAUCGGAGGGGUGUUGAUGCCGGUAACCGACCGCUGAUUUGGAUUGGGGAAGAAGAAACAGUAGGGGCAUUGGGAUUUCGUUAUUGUCCUGGAGUGAUUUUGAAUUCUUUUGUGUAGUUUUGUCGAAGCAGGACUGUCGAUCUUUGAUGGAUUUAUUAUUCGGUUUCGGUUUUCUCGAAGUUUUGUUUGGGUUUUCGCAUUGGUCGAUGAUAUCAAUGCAAUUCACUGUACACACCAAAUUUUCUGCAUGAGGUGCCGCGAUAAGAUCUGAGGAUCUGCGUUUCUUCAUUCCAUCAGGUCAGGUCACUUGAUGUUCUUAGUAAAGGAUUCGAUUUCAAUUUCGAUUUCGGUUUCAAAUGGAGUGUGUGUUGAUGAAGCUAAAUGAGAUAAGAAAUUGAUUCAGAUGGAUUGAGGAAUCGAAGCAAUGUUAAAAGAAUUGGCAUUGUGGUUGUUGUUUCUUCGACUGUUUCUAUCGGUUCCCGUAGCCGUGGGUGAUGAAUUUCGUUGUAAUUGUGACGAGGACGGCGGGUUUUGGAGCAUCGAGCGGAUUCUCGAGUGCCAAAAAGUCGGCGAUUUCUUGAUCGCCGUGGCCUACUUUUCGAUCCCGAUCGAGCUGCUUUACUUUGUCAGCUGUUCGAACUUCCCGUUCAAAUGGGUGCUUUUUCAGUUCAUCGCGUUCAUCGGCUUCUGCGGAAUGACGCAUCUCUUGAAUUCUUGGACUUACGGCCCUCACUCAUUUCAGCUCAUGCUUAUGCUUACGGUUUCGAAAAUUCUCACGGCAUUGGUAUCCGUUGCGACGGCGAUUACGCUCGUUACACUAUUUCCGCUCGUGCUUAAAGUUAAGGUCCGGGAAUUGCUGUUGAAGAAAAAGGCGUGGGAUCUCGAUCGGGAGGUUUUGAUUAUAAAGAAACAGAACGAGGCGUUUCUUCACGUUCGGAUGCUAACGCAGGAGAUUCGGAAAACGCUCGAUCGUCAUACGAUUUUGUACACCACGUUGGUCGAGCUGUCGAAGACAUUGGAUUUGGAGAAUUGCGCAGUUUGGAUGCCGAAUUCUGUCAAUACGGAGAUGAACCUAACCCAUCAGCUGAGGGAACGGAGCUUGUCGAACAUGUACGACACGAGCAUCCCGAUCGAUGAUCCUGAUGUGAGGUUGAUCAAGGAGAGCGACGGGGCGAAGAUUCUCGAUCCCGAGUCGCCCCUCGCCGUUGCAAGCAGCGGCGGAAUCGGCGAGCCGGGUUCGGUGGCGGCAAUCCGGAUGCAGAUGCUGAUCGCCGCGAAUUUCAAAGGCGGUACACCGGAGAUGGUCCCCGUCAGCUACGCGAUUCUCGUUUUGAUUUUGCCCGACGAAGAAAAUCGAUCGUGGAGCGACCAAGAACUCGAGAUCGUCCAGGUCGUUUCCGAUCAAGUCGCUGUCGCACUUUCCCACGCUUCGGUGCUCGAAGAAUCUCAACUCAUGAGGGAACGGCUCGUCGAACAAAACCGAGCGCUGCAACAGGCGAAGCAGGACGUGUUAAUGGCGAGCCGAGUUCGCGACACGUUCCAGACAGUGAUGAGCAAAGGUUUACGGACGCCUUUGCACUCGAUUUCUGGCCUUUUAUCCGUCCUGCAUGAUGAAAAAUUGAGCGACAAACAGAGACUUCUCGUCAACUCCAUGAUUAAGGCCGGCGACGUUCUUUCGACUCUGGUAACCGAUCUUGUCGAUGUUUCGGGGAAGGGUAGCGAUCGAUUUCCGUUAGAGAUGAGUCGAUUCGAACUGCAUUCUAUGAUCAGAGAAGCGACUUGCAUCUCCAAGUGCCUGGCUGCUUGCAAAAGUUACGAUUUUUCGAUCGACGUCGAUAAAUCGUUGCCGAAUCAUGUCGUGGGCGAUGAACGACGAGUGUUUCGGGUGAUCUUGCAUAUGGUCGAUAAUCUGUUGAACAGAAGCCGUGGUGGAGGAGGGAUUCUUACGUUUCGAUGUUAUUCGGCUAGCAGAAGUACCGAGCAACGAUGGGGGCAGUGGCGAUCGAAUUCGUCCGAAGGGUUCUCGUACGUCAAAUUCGAAAUCUUUAUAUCGCACGCCGGCUCGUCUCCGCCGAUCGACGCACAACUGCGCGGAAACGAGGAAACGAUGAGCUUUAUCGCUUGCAAGAAAUUAGUUCAGCUUAUGCAAGGCGACAUAUGGGCGACGUCGAAUCCCGAGGCGUUCGAUCAAGGCAUGGGUCUCGUGUUACGGUUCCAAUUACCGCCGUCGUCGUCCGUCGUUAUAUCGGAGCAGGGCGAAUCGUCGCAUUCAAACUCAUUUUUAAGGGGUCUGAAGGUGCUGUUGGCCGACGCCGACGAUGUCAAUCGGGCCGUGACGCGGAAAUUGCUCGAGAAGAUGGGUUGCGUCGUGACGGCUGUAUCGUCGGGAUACGAAUGCAUUAGCGCGCUUGGCCCGGGGGUGCCGUUGUGCCAAGUGGUGCUGUUGGAUCUUCACUUGCCCGAUUUAGACGGGUUCGAAGUGGCACUGCAAAUCCGGAAGUUUCGGAGCCGGAACUGGCUGUCGAUCGUUGCGCUGACGUCGGCGGACGACGGCGGGACGAGGGAGAAAUGCCUGCAGAUAGGGAUAAAUGGGUUUGUUCAGAAACCCGGUUCGCGAAAGGAGUUGGAGUUAGAGCUGAAAAGGGCAAUUCUACAGGCAAAUAGGGUUAUUUCUGUUUGUUAAUUCUUGAAGAAAUGGUAUACGAAUUGAACGACUUUUUUUAAUUUUUAACUAUUAUUUACUACUACUAUAAUUUUACCACUGAAAUUUUUACUA